AUGAACGGUAUCCCCAUGAAGGAAUCGGGACAAACCGUCGGCUUUCCAGUGUCAAAAGUCCACCCUCUUCUUCCAGACCACCUCCGCGCUCUCAUCAACACCUUUUGCGACCCAAGCGUCAGAGACUGUCUGCUCAACGACCCGAACCUGGGAAAUGCGAAGCUCUUUUUGAGGAUGGGCGAAGAAUCUCCCCGGAAUGAACACUUGAACACAAAGUUGUCACGAGCCGUCUACUUCGAUCAAAUUGUCAACGCAGCAUGCCGCGAUUUGGAGAAGAGAGUCAAGCAAAUGGGUGUAGCCCUUGCCAUCAUCCACAGUACCGGAUAUGACGCAGCCGGUGUUGAGAUUCAGAUUGCCUUCAAUCCCAAAAAGCGGAAAGUGAGCUUGUCGGUGGGAGGCUUUACUCACUGCAAGAAACCCUGCAGCCUCAGCCCAAAUCUCGAGUACGAGUUGGCAUUGGCCAUUGCUCACAAUCCCACGUGGCCGCGACCGCCAGGCGCUGGCGGGUUUGUAGAUUACGACAGUCCACUGGCCCUUGGGGCCAGGGUUGUAUGGGAAACCUUCAGAGGCGCCUACAUGAGUGCAUUUUCCGAGUUGGGAAAUACGGUAGGGCAUUCCAGGUUUGUCCCAGCUGUAGUAAUGGAGCACGCAUGUGCCAUGAGCAACCCAGAGUAUGCAUGGAUAACAGGGGAGCCGGAGGCAUGUUAUGCCUAA